CUUGGGGCUCUCUCUGGGUGACGCUUGUUGCGGGUGGGACAAGAGUUCGAGCACGGCUCCCCAAAACGUCACCAGCACAAGAUCUCCAACGCAGCUCUCGGUGCAUUCCCAAUGCGACUGCGACACACCUCUCCCGACGCAUCUAGUUCGCACUCAGCACUCCGUAGUCCCAGCUUCGCCCCAUUCUGCUCUACCUCUCCAACGCCUGGGGCUGGGGAGCUUGCCACGUCUACACCGCAUCGCGUCUGCCAAAGCCCGGCGAUGAGCCGCCACAGCGCGCGUGAUUGAGGCUCUCGCGACAGAUCAACCACGAGCGCCAUGGCGUCGAAUUCAAACCGUUUCUCAACAUACACCACUGCCUCUGGUGGCUCCGAGGGCAAGAAUGGCGAGCCCAAGAAGGACAUGUGGAGCUCCAUGCUCGACUCUGUUGCCAGCGGGAAGCGUUUGCCGGAGAGGAACCUUCUCGUCAUGGGUGGAACUGUCGAGUCGCAGCGCGAAUUCAUAGAGUCCCUCUCCAACAACGAGCUGCGGCGGAACUACGACCGCCAGAACAAGAUACCCCCCGUGGCCAACCAGUUUGCCCUCGGCUAUACAUACUAUGACCUCCUCGAUGCCGACCAUGAAGACAUACUGGCCCGCAUCUCCACGUAUCUCUUGACCAGUCCCUCGCCCUCCUUCGCCUCGCUCAUCAAGCCGCUUCUCACUCCACAAUCCAUACCAAACACGCUCCUGGUCGUCCUUCUGGACUGGUCGGAACCAUGGUCGUGGGUGCGGCAGCUCAGGGAAUGGAUGCUGCUGCUGCGGACCGUUCUGCUUGCACUCCCGGAUGAGAGCAAGAUAGCCAUGGAGGAAGGUAUGAGCAUGUGGAAGGAGAGGGGCCGCGGCGGCUCUCUGAACCUCGACGGAACAACCGCAACGGCAGCCAGCGAGGGCGAUGUGUCAUUACCGCUCGGUCCAGGCGAAUGGGAGGAACCCCUAGGCCUGCCCCUCUGUGUCGUGUGCCAAAACGCCGAGAAGAUGGAAUACCUGGAAAAGACGCAGAGCUGGAAGGAGGAAGAAUUCGACGUUGUCCUCCAAUUCAUGCGGACGAUACUGCUCAGGCAUGGCGCAUCACUCAUCUACACUACACCCUCCGUGCCAUCCCAGCUACCAACGCUUGUUCACUCAAGUCUCGGGAUACACUCACUUCUAAAGAAGCAGCCUCUCAAGCCAAACGUCAUCGACAGGGACAAGGUAGCUGUGCCUCCGAACUGGGACUCCUGGGGCAAAAUCAGAGUUCUUCGUGAGGGUUUCGACGUCGAAGCUGUGAGCGAGGGUUGGUCAAUUGACCUGGAGACCAAAUUCCCACCCCCGGGCAGGAAACGUGAGAACGGGGAAGCGAACGGCGACGAGUACGACAUCGAUGGUUAUGAAAUCACCCCUGGCUCGGCCGUGACUAUGUUUGAGGAAUCGAUCAGGAACCCAACUCUCGAUGCUCUGCAAAUGGCCGGACGAGAUACACAUUCGACGAAGCUGGAAGUUGAGACGAUGGACACACAAGACUUUCUCACCUCGCAAAUCCCAAGAUUGGAGACGUACAAGCAGAAGGCGGAGGAUGGGAACCAGAGCAAUGACGCCAAGAAUGCAAAGAAACCCUCCAAGAUUGACGAAGAUGGUCGACAGGUCAAUGUCAGUGACCAUAUCGGACCGGUGCAAUUCAACGUCGGUGGCAUCCAGGUUGAUGCCGACGAUAUGAUGAAGCGUCUGCAGGACCGUCAAGCUUAUGGCUCGUCACCUGAGCCGGAGAGUCCAGUCGAUGAUAGCGCACAGGCACAGCAGCCCAUUGACACCGAGAACCUGCAGAAUUUCUUCACUAACCUCAUGAAUCGCAACACCUCGGCGAGAACUGGAUCCUAGCCUGUCCGGGGUGUCAAGAAAGGUCUGCGCGCAUGGAGAGAAGCCGAAACCGAAUGUCCAGAAAUGAACUCUGAGGAAGAUAAAGGUUACAUUAGAGUCGAUACCCCAAAUGACAAGACCGUAAAAUCUUGACGAAGCCCGUGGGCCCUAUUUCCUGCUAUGCUUCUGUGUUGCUGACCCCUAACUCUUUGGAACUCGCUGCCGCUUUGUAUCGCUUAGCACUCCUUGAGCUUUCAAAUGUUCAUAUAUCAAAUGCUUAUCCCUCACUUCAUGUCCUAGAAGUCUAAGUACGGGAGCCUUAUUU